AUGUUUGGUGGGGAUUCAGCCGUAGGGAAAUCAAAUCUUCUGUCAAGAUUUGCUAAAGAUGAGUUUCAUCUUGAUUCUAAGCCAACAAUCGGGGUUGAAUUUGCUUAUCGGAAUAUUAAGGUUGGAGAUAAGUUGGCCAAAGCACAAAUAUGGGACACUGCUGGGCAAGAAAGAUUCAGGGCAAUAACAAGCUCAUACUAUCGUGGAGCAUUAGGUGCUAUGCUGGUCUAUGACAUUACACGAAGGGGAACUUUCAAGAACUUGAAGAAAUGGUUACAUGAGCUUAGAGAAUAUGGAAAUCGUGAUAUGGUUAUUGUUCUUAUUGGAAAUAAAUCCGAUUUGGUUGACUCAAGAGAAGUUGAAGCUGAAGAAGGUCAAAGUCUUGCCCAGCUAGAGGAUUUAUGUUUUCUUGAAACAUCUGCAAAAGAGAAUUUGAAUGUAGAAGAUGCAUUUCUCCAAAUGAUCACAAAAAUCUUCGAAAUUGCAAGUCAAAAAAGCCUUGAAGCCAAGGAAAAUGACGCAUCGAAGAAAGUUGUUGAUGCUAGAAAAGAAAUAAUCUAUGUUGUUGAUGAAGUGACUGCCACUAAACAAACAAGUUGUUGUACAAGUUAG